UAACCUUCGUUCAGGAAGAAAUAAUAAUAACAAACAUUCCAACCAUAGAUUCCAACAGUCUUAUUUUUGUUUAGCCGAAUGCAUAUGUUGCACACAAUGAUUACGGCGUCUAACCCACACUUUAGGGGUAAAAUUUCUUCUCUUUUAGAGGAGUUGUUGGCAGCUGCUGUGACGGAAAUCUGCGAGCUAUUUGAUAAUGAAUUUGCUAAUGUUACUUUACGUGCGGAAUGUCCCAGAUGUAAGCACUCUAAGGAAGUCGAAAAAAGAUCACACUCAACACCACAUCGUAACAAUUCUUCUGGGGACGUCCAUAGGUUCACUUCUAGAGACGAGGAUGCUCAGAGAGGUUGCAGUCGCGGAGAAUAUGAACGAAAUACAAAUGCAGACGCGGGAGCUCAGCAAACCACACCGCAGUGCAGCCAGUGGGACAUGGGUGCUAACAAUGAACACUCCAAACAUGGCAAUAAAGAAAUGGGUACAAAGAUAGAGUUGUUGUCCAUCAAACAGGAAGUUGUGGAAGAAUCUGACUUUCAGACAGACGGGGACGAUGGACAGGAAGGAGUGACCGGGUCAGAUAUCGCGCUGCCGGAUCCCACUCUGGACAUGAGCACUUCGCUGUCUCCGCGGGCAGGACCGCAGUGGCUCCCUCAUGGGCCGUACAUCCAUGCUGACGGCAACUGUGAAGCUAAAUUUGAAUCGGAGAAUAGCCAUUCCAGUUCUACUAACAAGGACGAAGUAAGCGAGAACAGUGGCCAUGGCUGUUUAGACCAUUACCUUGACCAGCAGCAGACGAGCCUGUGGGUGAGCGACAUGGCGGCCGGUCCUCACCAUCAAGACGAGGCGCAGGGGGAGGACGUGGAUCUUGGGAGUUCACUCUUCUCCCGCUGGUCAGUGUCUCCGCUGAGGAAUCAGGCAUAUCUGCACAAGCAGUGGCCGAGGAGCAGAAAGCCGCCUGGGCCUGUGAGCGCGUGUAACGUGAGUCUGUCAGGCGCUGUCUCCUUAGACGUAAGGACCGUCGGUUCUGGGAAUCAGCUGCACUCACCUUUGACUCUCACAGCAGACCAGGAGAGGAGAUUCACCUGCCCGAUAUGUGGGAAGAGACUCUUGUCUGAGCAGACACUCAAGUCUCACCAGAAGGUCCACACGGGAUACGCACCACAUCAGUGCAACCAGUGUGGAAAGAGGUUCUCUCGACUGGAGAACCUCAAAGUGCACCAGAACAUCCACACAGGACUCAAACCGUACACCUGUAAAUUCUGUCUGAAGAAAUUCAACGCCCCAAGCAACUUCAACCGACAUAAACGUGCUUGUCUGAAGAGGAAGCUAGCCCAGUUCAGUUCAUAAUAGUUGGAAUCGAUCACUGUUUAGAACUAGUUUACAUUGAUGUUAGGCUCAGGUGCAAUGUGUGUGUGGUCUGUGUGUGUAUGCAUGUGUGUGUGGUGAAGUUUUGGUGUAUAGGGCUGAUUGAGACUGCCUGCGUGGCGUGAGUGUGGCGUUUCUGUUGCGUGGUGGCUGUGUGGCGUUUUCUACGUCUUUGCACACCAGAAACGUGUCUGACGCUGCGCUGUGUGGCCCCUCUGCCUAUUAAAACAUCUCUUCACUUUUUCCUUUGAAUGGAAACGCUUCCAACACACUUGUGUGUAGCGUUGGUCCUGUUUCUAGCAUGCAUGCGUUUUGGCGCAGCUAAAUCAGCCCUAAUGUUGUAAAUAUGAUCACUCCUGCAUUAGCUCCUUCUUUCAUUUAACAGACAGAUUUAACCAAAGGCACUCUGUAGCAAAAGGGAACAUUAACGUUGCCUACUCAGAACAUCCUUCACCUUUAUACUAGCGGCUCACUCGUUCAACUCACCUGGAGAGAAUACCUACCUAUCAUACCGUACCUGAGUCAAGGUGGUAAUGCAUGAGGGAACUUUUUGAGCAAUGUUGGGUAACGCUGCCUGGCAACAUUGCCUUAUGUAUCAUCAUGAUCUUUAGGCGCCAUUACACUUUUCUUGACUGAUCAUACAUAAUAUGUAGUAGGCAAAAUGUAUUGGAUAUAAAUCUGGUUCCCUUUGAUGGGUUAAUGUGGCUAGCACCCUUUUCAUCAGGUGCUUGUGCUCAUGUUGUCAGAUUUUAUUGAGUCAUGGUACUGUACAUUUUUAGUCAUUUUUUAUUUAGUAAUUCUAAUGUGUGGACAUACAUUGUCAUGUACUUAAGUGGCUACGGCAAGUACCGUCAUUUCCUGCUUUGUUUUCUUCAUUCUUCUUCUGAUUGAAGCGCGAUCUGAUUCUGACUCAUUGGGCUAUUGGCCACUGUGGUUAAUACCUGGGUGUGGUUAAUAAAUGGUUUAGAUUAUUUUUUCAUUUAUUUGGAUAAAACACUGUCCUGCGGUUCAUACUCAAUGCGACUAAUACGAAAUUACUGUACUUAGUAUGAAACUCAUUAAUUAUUUAGAGCCUCUGGAAUUGUAUGAUCACAGCAUUUUUUCAUUUGUGUCUAACCAUAUUAAUGUUGUAGGCUAUUAGUGAAAACAAUCAUUCCAUGGCCCCUGAUUUGAAUGGCGGGCAAAGUCUCAAGUCUAACAAAGCUAAUUUAAUUAUUAGGCAAAAUCAGUUUGCUCAUUUAACACCAUGGGCAAGACUUUAAGCGCAAACAUUGAUGUGUCAUGUGGUACACAGUAGCCUAGUUCAUCCAUAAGACAAUUUGUACUUUGCCCACCAUUUAAAUAAGAAGCCCAUGUGGCCAGUAGCGUAAAUGGGACACACUUCUUAGAGUUUCCUCUAUGGUAUCUGGUUGCUGGAUGUUUUUGCCUUCGUAGAUCAUACUGUAAGAUUUAUAAGAUGUUAUAAAUAUAUUACACAUUCCUGUAGAAGGUAUGUAUGCAUCACGGCACUAUUAGAUAAAGAGCUAAAACUACAAACAGUAGUUCACACUAUAUUUAUCACAAAAAUCAUCAUAUUCGCCUGAUUGUCGGGUUUCUUGUCCGCUUAAUGGAUAAAUUAUGAUAAACUGUGUGACGUGGUAUGAUAAUCAUUGUUGCCGUCAAUCUUUAAAAGAAAAAUGACCCCCUCUUAUUAGACUUGAAGAUAUCAUUUUGUUUUAAGCUAUCUUAGAUAAUCUUUGUUAUUUAUUCAGUAUCUUUGAGUUUUUUUCUUUUUCUCUUUUUCGUUUUUUAUAUUUUUGUGUAUAUUCUGUAUUGACAAGUCACCAAAUUAAACAUAAAACAUAUGUUUGAAACUGUUGGAGGCAUCCAUCAAGUGCUUCGGUCUGAAGUAUUGGUGAAAUUGUGUUUGUAGAAGUUAUUAAGUAUUUCUAAUUUCAACAUCGUCCUGUAGAGGGUGUUGUAGAACUCUUUAUCAUGACCGCCAAUGAGGUUACUCUAAGAUGUCUUAGCUAGAGAUUGUGGGGUAAAAUUGUGGGUAGAUGAUUAAUGACUUUACUAUAAACAUGUUGUAUUUGUACAAUUAUUAAAACUUGGCAGGUACUUUUAUCUUUAA